AUGUAUAGAAGAAUUCAUGCAGCAGUAGCACAGAGCCCACCUAUUGACAACUUUGAUGUAUUUAAGGAAGGAAAAGCUCAAAAUUUCUUUGAAUCCCAAGAGGCUGUUAUUGCCUUGUGCACUUACUUUCAGGAACUUUUUAAAAACAUCAAGGAUCUAGAUGAAAAGCAACUUCAGGAGGAACUUUUUAAGCUAUUGCAGGUGUCGUUGUGGGGCAAUAAGUGUGACCUUUCUUUUUCAGCUGGUGAAGACAGCUCUCAGAAAUCUAGUCCUUUACAAUCCCUGGAAAACCUGAUACCUUACAUCAUAGUGAAUGAUAUGGAAAAACUGUGGUCGCUACUUGUAAAUGCCAAAAAAAGCAAUACAGAAAUAAGGCAUGUUAGAGUUGACAUAAUUCUGGAUAAUGCCGGAUUUGAACUUGUAAGUGAUCUUGUGUUGGCUGACUUCCUGUUAUUGUCAAAACUAGCUGAUGAAGUCCAUUUUCAUGGAAAAAGUAUUCCAUGGUACGUGUCUGAUACCACAAAGCAUGAUUUUAACUGGACUAUUAAACAGCUGCAGGCAGCCAAUCAUAUGUGGAUGUCUAGAUGUGGGAUAAACUGGGAGGGCAAUUUGAAAAAGGGAGCUUGGGUUUACUGUGAUCACAUGUUUUGGACUUUGCCAUAUGACUUUUCCAGUAUGGCUGAAGUUGCUCCUGACUUGUAUGCUGAUCUACAGAAGUCAAACUUGCUUCUUUUCAAAGGUGAUCUAAACUAUAGAAAAUUAACAGGAGAUAAAAAAUGGGAAUAUACUGUUCCAUUUUCUCAAGCCUUGAGCAAGUUUCAUCCUGCGCCUCUUUGUAGUUUGAGAACACUGAAAUCUGACACUCAGGUUGGCUUAAAACCUGGACAAAGUGAACAAAUUCAGGCUUCUGAUCCUGAAUGGAUGGUAAACGGGAAAUACGGGGUAGUUCAGUUUGAUGCUGCUGUCUAGUUAAAUGGUUCCUAAAUUCUGAAAGAUAAAUUCAGUCUGAGUUUUAACUACUUUCUCUGUUCCAUGCUUGGCUUCAGCAAAGUUUCUGUAUUUUGUUUGCACUUUUUCCUCCCAAGUGAUUUGUUAGUUUUCUUCCACAAAAACUUAAAUGAUGUGCAAAAGUUUACAAACUGUCUUUGUGUACAUAAA